AUGUCCAUCCAACAAACCCCAACCAACGGCUUGACCGGUAAGAUCUCAUCGCUCGACAUGACUAACGCUAAGGGCUCUUCCUUGACUGACAAGUUGGCCGCCGAGGCUGCUCAGAAGGAUGGCUCUGGUGCCGCCGACUCUUUGGUCGGUAAGCCUCAGAUCAACACCUCUUUGGAGAUUGACGAAGCUGAGGUUGCCAAGGUCGCUAAGGAGCUCGAGGUUGCCACCAAGGAACACGAGGAGUUCUUGGCCAGCCACAAGGUUCAGCGUCACAAGUUGAAGGAACAGGAGAAGGACGAGCCCUUGUUGAUCGAGAACACUCGUCGUUUCGUCUUGUUCCCUAUCAAGUACCACGAGGUUUGGCAAAUGUACAAGAAGGCUGAGGCCUCUUUCUGGACCGCCGAAGAGAUUGACUUGUCUAAGGAUAUGGGCGACUGGAACAAGAUGACCGAGAACGAGAGAUUUUUUAUCUCUAGAGUUCUCGCUUUCUUCGCUGCCUCUGACGGUAUUGUCAACGAGAACUUGGUGGAAAACUUUUCCGCUGAGGUUCAGAUCCCAGAGGCCAAGUGCUUCUACGGUUUCCAGAUCAUGAUGGAGAACAUCCACUCCGAGACCUACUCUUUGUUGAUCGACACCUACAUCAAGGACCCUAAGGAGGCCGAUUUCUUGUUCAACGCUAUUGAGAACAUCCCAUGUAUCAAGAAGAAGGCUGACUGGGCUUUGAGAUGGAUCGCUGACGACAGCGCUUUGUUCGCCGAGAGAUUGGUUGCUUUCGCUGCCGUUGAAGGUAUCUUCUUCAGUGGUUCUUUCGCUUCCAUCUUCUGGUUGAAGAAGAGAGGCUUGAUGCCAGGUCUUACUUUCUCCAACGAGUUGAUUUGCCGUGAUGAAGGUUUGCAUACCGACUUUGCCUGCUUGUUGUUCUCCCACUUGCAGAACAGACCAGACCAAUCCAUUGUCGAGAAGAUCAUCACCGAGGCCGUUGCCAUCGAGAAGGAGUUCUUCACCGAUGCCUUGCCAGUCAGUUUGUUGGGUAUGAACGCCAACUUGAUGUGCCAGUACGUUGAGUUCGUCGCCGACAGAUUGCUCGUCGCUUUGGGCAACAAGAAGGUUUACAACGUUACCAACCCAUUUGACUUCAUGGAGAACAUCUCCUUGGCCGGUAAGACCAACUUCUUCGAGAAGAGAGUUUCCGACUACCAGAAGGCCGGUGUCAUGGCUAAGAGCAACGACAACACCAGCAACAGCAAGACCUUCACCUUCGACGAGGACUUCUAA